AUGGGUGUUCUUGGUACCCUUGCUAGAAAUCUGGACGCCCUUGUUGGGCCAGGGAUCAUGCUGCUUUAUCCUCUCUACGCGUCCAUGCGCGCCAUAGAGAGCCCUUCUUCCCUGGACGAUCAGCAAUGGCUCACCUACUGGGUCCUGUACUCCCUGAUCACCCUCUUUGAGCUCUCAUGCUGGAAAGUGCUGCAGUGGUUUCCCCUGUGGCCGUACAUGAAGCUGCUCUUCUGCUGCUGGCUGGUGCUGCCCAUCUUCAACGGCGCGGCCUACAUCUACGAAGCGCACGUCCGGCGCUACUUCAAGAUCAGCAACUACGUGAGCCCCAACUACAACGAGCGCCAGCGCCGGGUGCUGCAGAUGAUGAGCCUCGACGCGCGCAAGUCCGUCGAGCGCUUCAUUGAGACGCACGGGCCCGACGCGCUCGACAAGAUCAUCCGAGCUGCUGAAGAAGAAGCCAAGAGGACCUAG